AUGUACUCUCUCAAAGUACCCUUCUUUCAUUUUCUUCGUGUGCUUAUAACUUUGUUAUUUUGUUCUUCCGUGACACCGUUUUACAUGCCGAGGCUUGGAACAUUUCGGAGAACAAUCCACCACGAUUCCAAAACCAUCCCAUCUUCUUCCGUUCCAGGUUUCAGAAAAUUUUAUUUCAACCAAAAACUUGACCACUUCAAUUACAAGCCUGAAAGCUACACCACAUUUAAGCAAAUGUAUGUGAUCAAUGCUAAGUACUGGGGUGGAGCAAACUCUGGUUCCCCGAUCUUAGCAUAUCUUGGAGAUGAAGAAGCUUUGUAUUAUGACUAUAAAAAUUUUCUCACAGAUCACGCCCCUCGAUUUAAGGCACUUCUAGUAUACAUGGAGCAUCGGUACUAUGGCGAGUCGGUACCAUUUGGAUUAUCAACAACAAAAGCUCUGAAGAAUUCAAGUAUCCGUGGUUAUUUCAACUCGGCACAGGCCCUUGCAGAUUACGCAGCAGUACUCCUACAUGUAAAGAAAACAUAUUCUGCUAAGACUAGCCCUAUCAUAGUGGUGGGAGGUUCUUAUGGAGGAAUGCUUGCAUCGUGGUUUCGUCUUAAGUAUCCCCACAUUGCGCAUGGAGCUCUAGCUUCAUCAGCUCCGAUCCUUUACUUUGAUAACAUCAUUCCACCAGAGAAGGGCUACUAUUCCGUUGUUACUAAAGAUUUCAAGGAGAGUAGCGAACAUUGCUACCAGACAAUACGUAAUUCGUGGGCUGAAAUUGACAGGGUUGCUUCCAAGUCCAAUGGCCUUUCAAUCCUUAGCAAAAGAUUCAGUACUUGCAAAAAAGUGAAGAGAGCGUCUAAUCUCAAGGACUAUUUGGAUAAUAAUUAUGCAUAUGCAGCGCAAUACGAUCCAGCUGAAGUUGAUUCUAUCUGCAGAGACAUUGAUGCAGCACCUAUAAAGACCGAUAUUCUUGACAAAAUAAUUGCAGCUUUUGAGCCUGCUACUCCUCAGAAGGGAAGUAAACCGUGCCAUGAUAUAGAAGUAAUCAACUUAGAAGGGUGGGGAUGGCAGACAUGUAGUGAGAUGGUGAUGCCCAUUAGCCAUGGAAAUGCAAGUGAUUCUAUGUAUCCUCCUGAGCAUUUUGAUUUAGAUAGCUUCAGUAAUCAGUGCAAAAAGUUGUAUGGUGUCUUGCCACAGCCUCACUGGAUCACAACUUAUUAUGGGAGUCACGAUCUGAAGUCGAUUCUUCAUAAGUUUGGUAGCAACAUAAUUUUCUCUAAUGGACUGAAAGAUCCUUGGAGUUGUGCCGGGGUUUUGGGAGACAUAUCGGAUAGUUUGGUUGCCAUCUCUACUGUUAACGGGUCUCACUGCUUAGACUUAUCUGCGGCGGAUUCAACCGAUCCACAAUGGUUGGUUCAGCAACGACACACUGAAGUGAAGAUUAUUGAAGGGUGGAUUGCUAAGUACCAUUCUGAUCAUCAAGCAAGCAACAAACUCAGUCCUCCAUCUUGA